AUGGGCCAAGACCAUGGUAGGUUGGAUUCAAAGGUGAUUGCUCAACACAUUUUCACAAUGGUCAAAGCAUAUCCAACAAUCAGCAUUAGAGUUCUGCAAGGAGGUAUGGAGAAUCACUUUGGUUAUACGGCGUCCGAAAGAAAGGUUUGGCUUGUGAAUCAGAGAGUCAUUGCUAGAAUAUAUAGCGAUUGGAAAGAGUCAUACAAUGAGCUUCCUCGUUGGUUAUUUGCUAUGCUGAUGUACUUGCCUGGUAAGAUUCAUUUCAUUUCUUGGCCUGGUUCAAUCGACACUGUCAUGUUUCAUUGGAUUUUUUGGACGUUUCUGCCAUGGAUUGAGGCUUUCAAGCAUUGCAAGCCACUUAUUUCCAUCGAUGGCACCCGCUUAUAUGAUAAAUACAGAGGCACGUUUCUGAUAGCCAUUGAUCAAGAUAGAAAUGCAAACAUUUUGCCUAUUGCAUUUGCUGUUAUUGAGGGUGAGACGAAGGAGGCUUGGUCGUUCUUUCUUUCGUAUCUGCGGCAGCAUGUGACACCACAACCCAACAUCUUAGUGAUUUCAGACAGACACAAAUCAAUCGAUGCUGCGUCGAACGCCGAGGGAAGUUUAUGGAAACCACCUCAUGCAUUACAGGCAUUUUGUAUAAGACACAUUGCUGUCAACUUCAUGACUCACUUAAAAAACAAGGACUUGAAGAAGGUUCUCAUUAACGCAGCAUAUUCGAAGUCGCAGUGGGAGUUUUCUCACUAUUUUGGUCGUCUGAGGGGUGAAAAUAUAGCAAUCGCAAACUAG